UCCGUGUUACGUCUCAGUGAGAACCUUGCUAAGCAAGAUGGAUUAUUGGAAUGAACCCAAGGUGUUAUAUGAGGUUUUUUAAAUAAACACGCUUAUUCUUGAAGCUGAUGUGAAAUGGCAGGGGUGUUUCUAGCCACACUCUACGAGUACUCUCCGCUCUUUUAUAUUAGUGUGGUGUCGCUUUGUUUCGUUGUAACCGCUGCUAUGGUCCUCGGCUGGUUUGGCUUUGACGUUCCAGUUAUACUUCGCAGCUAUGAUGAGCAAGAGCCCAGCUUACCAGAGAAACAGAUGGUUCAGGUGACCAAUCCCUUCGCCCUGGAGUUGGGUUCUGGAUCAGCAAGUGUUACCGACGGUGUGCUGGUGAGACCUUGUUGUCUGGAGUCCUGUGUCCUGAGCUGUUUCUGGGGCUGUGAGGUCAGUACCCUACAAGGAGUGCUACAUGCCCACCAGCAUGGCAUGAUGCUCAGCACCCACCAGCAUUUCCAGGAAGCCCUGAACCUCCACUACUAUUAUUGCCAGAAAUUCCAUAUCAGCAGUGAAGAUAGAGCGGAGCGGCACGCACAGAUCCCCGCUGAUCAGGGCAUCACUGAUUUUGGACCACUGCCAAGACAGCGCUACCCUCUCGUAGCUGUGCUGACCCUGGAAGAGGCACAAGAAAGACACGUGAACGACAUUGUGGCUAGUGUCAUAGUUAUUCAUGUUCCUGAUGACAAAUACAAGCUUUCUGCACGGAUUCUCUUCCAGUACCUCCUCACCUCACAAGGGAGCAUGUACGAGUUAAAGCCUCUUUUCAUGUCUGCUGACAGCGGGGGGAUGUCUGGGUCUGCUGGUUCGGGGCACACUUUCACACCCAGUGACACUCAGAGCGAGGAUCAGAUCCCAGUGAUGGAGGAGGAGGACUGGUCAGAGGGGACGGAGGGCAGAGACUGUGUGGUGUGUCAGAAUGCAGCAGUGAACAGGGUGCUGCUGCCCUGCAGACACGCCUGCAUGUGUGACAGCUGCGUGUCCUUUUUCCAGCACUGCCCCAUCUGUAGAGCCUUUGUCCAGGAGUCGUUUGCACUGACACAGAGCAAUGACUGUCAGUGAACUGGUGAAGAUGAUAGAAGAGAUGACUACAAGGAUCUGUCGCCUGUGUGACAGGUGUUUUGGUUAGCAGCAGAUCAGACCUGUCUGUGCUCCUUUAAGGUCUGGUGGCUUUCUUUAAAACAUUCUCCAGGACUUUGCAGCGUUACCCAACUUCUGCAGUGCUUCAGCUAGCCUCUGGGAUAGUUUCCUUUCUACGAGAGUGACACUGCCUCCACCAUACAUGGAAGGAUGUUCUCGGGUUGUUCUGCAGUACUUUUGUUACACUAAACAGUUCCUUAUGUUCACUCAGUUCUUCCGCAAACAGGAUAUUGUGAUGUUUUCUGGCUCCUCUUGCUGAAAGUGGCAUCACUGUGACCGCUUAUGAUGUGGUUGUUACUCACAAAAGUAAUCGAUUAGAUAUUACUUGAUAAUCUUCCUAAAAGUAAUACAUUAUAUUACCUAUAUUCACCACUUUUGUGUUACUCCAUAAUUGUCUUAUAGUUACCAGUUAAUAAUUUAAAACUACAGUCCUGCACAACAUGCAUACAAGCUGUGUUGUACUUUUGACAUAUGAACAGAAAAACAGCCCAGAGUGAUGGCCGGGGUGAUUCUAUGGUAGAAACAGGUGGAAGUGGAAGCUACAAGGUUAUUUUUGGCUUUGUUUUUCUUGUCCUUUAAUUCAAUAAAAAGAUUGUCCAGACCUGCACUCA